AUGGGAGGCGCUGCGCUGUCGGGAGCGCUGUGGCUUGGGCUGCUGUGGGCAGGCAGCGGGGUCGGGGGCAGCUGCUCGGGAAGGUGCUGCGAGGGUCGGGACGCCGCCUGUGUCGCCGAGGGAUGGAGGGAGGGAGGGGGCUAUGGGACCUGCUACUGCGACGGAGGAUGCCGGCGAGCUGGAGACUGCUGCCACGACCACGACCAAGCGUGCCCGGCUCUUCCUUGUGUUGUGGGGGAGUGGAGUCACUGGAGUGGCUGUGCAGAACAAUGUCAACCUGACCUGCGGAUACGUAGGCGCUAUGUACAACAGGAACCUAGAAAUGGUGGGGAACCUUGUCCUGCUCUAGAGGAGAAGGCUGGCUGCCUGGAAUACCUGACUUACCAGGGAGAGGACUGCGGCCAUGAGCAUGUCCCUGCUUUCAUAACUACCUCUGAAUACGGUAAAGAAAGAAAACGACGAGCAGCAUCUUCUCUCUGGCCUUCAGACAAAGAAGAAACUGGAUACUGUGUGGAAUUCAAAACAGAAUCACUUUCACAGCACUGUGCUUUGGAGAAUCGGCCAUACGCUCGAUGGAUGCAGUACCUCCAAGUAGGACACACUGUGUGUGUAGCUUGCCAGUCUCCAGCUAUGAAUGCAGACACACAUCGCUGUUCUGGAGAUGGCCAUAAUGCCGAUGGAGGUAAAAUCUUACACUGGGAAGCAGUUGGCAACUCUCAGUGCCAAGGAACCUGGAAGAAGAUUCGGCAGCUGGAGCACUGCUCAUGUCCCCUUGUGCAUAGCUUUAUUUUCACAUGAAAGUCUAAAAGACCUUUAAAACAGCAACAACAAAAAGAUUAAGAAAAUUAACCAAUACCAAGAAACCCACAUCUUUCUGCUGCACUUCCCGAAGCCUAGACAAAUUUUCAAUGAGUCAGAACUUUAAGAAGCAUUUUGGGAAACUCUGUCUUAAUACAAAAAACUAAGACUGAUCUUUGUAUUAGCACACUAGAAGCAUAUUUCUGUGUUUCUCUUUUGUACUUAAAGAGGUAAUGUUUCUAAAAGUAGCUGCUUUUCCUUAAGUUCUCAUUCUUUACUGGCCAGUCCUGUCUACAGGCAUUGCACCUACUCAGUAGAGAGCCAGCCAAACAUUCUCAAGACUGAGAAUAGUUACUGUCAUCAUUAAAUAGCAAGGGUGAAUAAAAAUUAAAGUUGGACAGCUAAAACAGGAUGUCAGUUUAGAUCCUUUGUUCCUUCCCAAUAUCAUCUAGACAGUUGUUUAUACUACAAGUAUUCUUCCUCUACAUUGCUGUUUUCAUAUCCAGUCACCUUCAUAGAAGACAUAUGACUAGCCAGUGUUGUUAAAUAGCCUUUCUCAGAACUUCAUGUCAUUAAUACAUAGUGUGAACUUUAUGGCAGAUGAACCUAAACAAAACUUUGUGACAAAAGCCUUGGCUGACAUAAAAAAAAAUUACUUAUUACUAGUUAAAACUGCUGAUGCACAAUGACUAGCACAGAGCAUUCAUAUUAAAGCACAGGCAAGACUGCUACUCAGAUAGUUCAAAUCCAUGUUUUGCUACCUAUUACUUACCUUCAAUUACUGUUAUGGCAUUAAAGAGGCAGCAUACUGCACUUCUUUAG